AUUAUUCAUUUCAACUUUUUUUUCUCCCCAAUUUCUCAGGGACAUCAUUUGGUUUCACUUGGAGUUACCAUGGAGACAAAGGGCUUGAGAAUUGGCCCGAGACUUGCAAGGGGAACAAACAGUCACCAAUCAAUAUCGAGAAAAACAAAGCCCAAACAAAUAAUAGUUUGGGAAGUAUUACAUUUGUUAAUUACGACAAACCUUUGUAUAAACCUUUCUUGGUGAAUAAUGGGCAUUCAGGAGAACGAGAAUGUUCCGAUGAUCAAAGAUGGAGGUUUGGAGGGAAAUUACAAAUUCCACAGCUCCAUUUUCACUGGGGUAGUCAAGAUUCAAUAGGAUCGGAGCAUACCGUGGAUAACAAGACCUAUUCUAUGGAAAUGCAUCUUGUCCAUUACAACUCCAAGUAUUGUUCGGACGAGGCUAGUAAAUAUCCAGAUGGCCUUGCUGUUGUGGCUGUACUAUUUAUUGUAAAAAACAACAUCAAGAGUCGUUUUUCAGCUUUUACUGAUAUCCUGAAGAAUAUCCGUCAUGAAGGUAACACAACGGCCAUGUCGGAGUACGAGUCUUCAGUAGACCUGACAUUGAAAUCCGUACUUCCACAACAGACUACACCCUUCUACAGAUACAGUGGCUCUUUAACCACGCCCCCUUGCAGUGAAGUGAUUUUGUGGACAGUACUUGCAGAUCCGGUGAAAAUUGGCAAAACAGAGGUUUGCUAUUUUGAUUGUCUUGCUCUGUCGUACUUACAUUUAGUAUUUUAG